AAACACCCGGCCUUCAACGAUACCGUAAAGAGUCUGCGUCCGCCCUACAAUGUUCCUAGCAGGUAUUUGGACCUGGUGCGAUAUGGAAAUUCAUACCUCGAACCUUGGCGCAUGAUUGAAAUGGCUGAGCUCAAGCGCCUGGCAGACAUCGUAUGCAGUCCCCAAAGGGUACACAAGUACCAUCCAAAGACAACAUUCAGAUACUCUGCAGCUGCUCUGGCGCUUCAAUUCUUCAAUUCACGUACCGAGAAGGUCCGCAAUUCGGUUCGUAAGAUCCUUCUCAUUGAGGACGAGAUAUCAGUAGGGCAAUCCAAUACUCACGGUCGCGGCUUCAUUUCGCUCUGCCAGAAAAACAAAAAACUGCACGUUGAACGCCGCGUAAACCUCUGGAACGCUGUAUUUGCACCCGAUUAUAGCCGCCAAGAAGAAUAUCUUAACUGCUGGUGCUAUCGGGGAGUUGACUCUAUGCAAAACGACCGUCUCAAGGCCUCAGAGGUCUCACAGGUAGUCGGGAACUGGAUGGUUGAGGCUUUGGCAUUGCCCUCGCUCGGAAUGCCUGAAGGCUCAUUUACUCUUGUCUUAGAUGGAGACCCUAUACCCGAACACACCUCUAAAGUCUUCCAAAUAAUGCAGCGAGACGCCGCUUGGCAAGCUGCGCUUGGCCUAUGUUGUUCUCGAGGUCUAGUACCGGAACCUUCUUGGACACAACGUAGAUUCAACAGCUGCUUUAUUUUUGAAGGAUUUCCCGAAGUAAUGCAGAGACUUUCCACUACUAGCUCUCUUAUCAGGUGCAACUUCGACCUUGGUGUACCUUACGAUGUCGAAACUAUAAUUGAAAACAAUCGUGGUCUCGAUUGGGAUGGGUGGUUUAGCCAAUGGUUCAGCCAUAGCCCGUCCGAAUUCCAGACCGAACCACCGCUGCCGCCAUGGCACGAGCUUUGGUGGCUACGCGGUUUACCUUUGUAGUUAGUUUAUCCAAGCUAUCUGGCUUUAGAAACUUUUGCUAGGUCGCUCUGAGAAAUGGCAUCUUUAUCGGAUUUAGUUUUGAACAUUUUUUGCAAUACAACGCCAAUUUCG